UAAAUUCUAUGACACAGCAGUAACAAUUGAAGUAAUUGGACAGCCAAAGCCACCACGAAUUAUAAUCUUUGGAGAAAGAAAAGUUGGAAAAUCUGUAACAGUGCAAUGUUCUGCUGAACACACAUGCUCCACCAGUCCACCAACUCUCAGCCUCAACAUCGCAAUGAAAGACAAAAGAGUUUCCAACACUCAGCCAUCUGAUGGCACUUCUAAAGCUAUCUUAACAGGCACUUUAGUCUUAGAGAGAAACGUUCAAGAGAUUGAGUGCACUGUCCAGCACAAAGGUGGUAAAACAGCAAGAACAUCUGAAACCUUAACUGCAGACUGCUCCAUUUUACCACUGAGCAUUAGCUCUACUUCAGUUGAAUAUGUUGAAGGAGUUCCAAACCAAGUAACAUGUGAAGCUUCUUAUACUUGCUCCAGCAAUGCACCAGUUCUCAAAUGGUACUACUCUAACAUGCCAGUUACCAGAGAUAUUAAAACUUUGGGGACUUUGCAGAAAACUGUUUCCACACUGACAUUUACAGCAUCAGCUAAAGACAAUGGAAAUGAUCUGACAUGUUCUGCAAACUUUCCUGGAGGAGAGACUCAGCAGAAGAGCCUCACCAUACGGGUAAAACGAAACAUGCUCAAUCUGGGCUGGUCUUUCACUACUCCAGGAAGCGUAACGGGAAUGAAAGGAUCAUGUAUCAUCAUUCCUUGCAAGUUUUCCUACAGCAAAGCCCAACCAAGUGGCCUCCAAGUUGUCUGGUACUUGUACCAAAGUAAUGGACGCGCAGAUGUAUUCAACCAAAGACAAUCAAAUAUUUUAAGCAGAUAUAAUGGGAUAACACAUUUGACUGGCUCUGUGUCAGACCGCAACUGUAGUCUUAAAAUAGACCAGCUGGAUAUGUCUCACAAUGAGGAUAAACUCUAUCCAUGGGUUGAUAUCAACCCAAUUACCUCCUACCACUCACAGGGACAUUCAUUUUUGGAUAGAAGCACCAAAAUUAUGGUUUCAGACCAUGCACAAGAACCCCAAAUGAGCAUCAUUGAUGUUCCUAAGGUGGGAGCUCAAAGCAGGGUUACCUGUAAAGUGAAAUAUACAUGUUCUUCUGCUCCUCCUGCCCUGUCUCUGAAUGGCAUUCCUGGAACAGACCGCACCAUUGACUCCUUGUUGUCAGACGGCAUUUGGGAAAGAACAAUAGAACGAACUUGGAAUGUAGAAGAAGACCACAAGAAGGUGGAGUGCACUGUGAGAUAUCCUGGUGGACAAAGUGCCAAAAGUGAGCUCCUCCUGCAUGUUGAAUGUGUAGGCAACUGCUCUAAGGUGUGGACCUCCUUCAAGUGUGGGUGAGUGGCUCCUCUCCAUGCCUGUGCGUCUGUCUCAAAUCUCCACUUGUCUCACACUGCUCACUCGUUGGCCAUGUGGAACAGAAGCCCUUGGGCCAAAUAGACCAAAGUCCCCAUGUGACUUUAGGACCCUCACAUUCUGGUACCUUAAUGGAAGCACAAUUAGCAGUCACAGGAGGGCAUUGGAGUACAGUUGUCAUUUUUAUCAGUGAAGAAGAUUACUGACUUUUUAUAGGGAGAAACUUCCGUCAAAACCGUACUUGGGAUAACUGUCUGUGUCCUAGAAAUACCUGAUUCCUUUGGUAGCCCUUCAUUGAAAACCUUGAAUCGCUCUUAGUCUGAUCCCUCCCCAAUGGCAGCCUGCCCUGGGAAGCCUCACUCUUGGCUGAACCCCAAGACAAAAUCUCCAUCUGGGUCAUGGGGAUACUCAAACCCCUCCACCACGUUAAGGUGGCGAUUCUGCGGAGGGGUCACCAGCAGAUCGCGAUGGAUGUUUAAUCCAAGGGAUCCCCCAUCCUGAGCAAGCACAAGGCAACAGUGGAGAGGAAAACUCCCUUUAAAAGGAAGAAACCUCCAGCAGAACCAGGCUCAGGAUGAGCAGCCAUCUGCCGAGGCUGGCUGGCUUCAAGAGGGCAAAAAUAAAAAACACACAAACACAAAACUGUCAACAAACCUUCUGAAAGAAAGACAGAUUCAAUUACAAUAUUAGUUUACAAUACACAUGUUACAAAAGGUAGAUCUGGGAAAGUCUAUACAAUAGAUAUUAACAGAAAAUAGUCUGAACCUGUAGCAGUAAACUACCUCUCACUGGAAUCAGUCCCAAAAGAAUAACAUGAAACAAAGUUAAACUUCAAUAUUUGUGAAAGAACUUAAAGAAUUGUGUUAGUGCAUCAUUAUCUACAAAAUCAUGUUGCUGUAUUCCCAUAUCCUGGACAGACAAUCUUUAAUUUGAUUAAGAGUAUAAGUUUGUGUUUGAAUAUGUUAAUGUUAUCAGAAAGUUUAUGUCGUUAUGUUGUCAACCAUGCAGCACAUAUUCACAGCUGAGGAGAUUUUGGGCAGACCAAUUAACCAAACAGCUAAAGUUUUAUUGUGGGAGGAAGCCGGAGCACCGAGAGAGAACCCACAAAUCCUACUUUUAUUAUUUCUGUGGGAGGAAGCCAGAGCUUCCAUAGAGAACCCACAAAUCCUACUUUUAUUAUUUCUGUGGGAGGAAGCCAGAGCUUCCAGAGAGAACCCACACGUGCCAAUUUUAAAAUGUCUGUGGGAGGAAGCUGGAGCACCCGGAGAAAACCCACAAAUCCCACUUUUAUUAUUUCUGUGGGAGGAAGCCGGAGCACCCGGAGAAAACCCACAAAUCCCACUUUUAUUAUUUCUGUGGGAGGAAGCUGGAGCUUCCAUAGAGAACCCACACGUGCCAAUUUUAAAAUGUCUGUGGGAGGAAGCUGGAGCACCCGGAGAAAACCCACAAAUCCCACUUUUAUUAUUUCUGUGGGAGGAAGCCGGAGCUUCCAUAGAGAACCCACACGUGCCAAUUUUAAAAUGUCUGUGAGAGGAAGCCGGAGCACCCGGAGAAAACCCACAAAUCCCACUUUUAUUACGUCUGAACCUCUUUCUGAAAGGUAACAGUGCUACUAACUGUGCCAUUGUGCUACUUAUGGUUGACUGUGAGGACUUUUUGUGAGGAAUUAAAAUUAAUUGUGUAAACAUAUACAAAAGAGAUAUAUCAAAGGGUACAAAAAUAGUUUUCUCCAUAUCUCAUCCAUCUCUCUUUGUUCUCCUCGUCAUUUUGCAAGUUCUCCAUGCACUCUAAAGUUAUAGAGGCAGGUGUAGUCCGGAUGACCCCAGUUGCUGUUCACCUUUAGAGUCACAUGAUGGAAGGAACCAACUUUAUCGGCCUGUAAGGCAAGAGAGAUAUAAAUUAGGGAGGUUAGAUUGAUAAUCCAUAGUUGCAAAUAGAUGAUAGAAACAAAGGAGGUCUGUCUGAUGGAAGCCUAGUUCAACUUUCCUUGCUGUAAAUACAUUUUGCAUAGUUUAUCUCAAGAUAGCGAGGUAAUUAUACUGAUAUCUUGCUAACCAGAAAACAAAAUGUUUUGUAGUAACACUGGGAUUUUGUUGUUUGUUAUACAGAGACAAAAAAUUAUUGUUUUGUGAAAAUGUUGUGACUUUUUUGCAUUUUAAGUCACUUCCUUACAAUUGUAUGUUGAGCAUGAUUUACGUGAUGAUUAUUAUUUAUUUAAAUUAACAUGAUUGUAAAUAAUUACAAAAGCUGAAGUGAAAUAUUUAAGUGCGAGGCAUGAUUUAUUUGAAUAGAGGAAGUCUUUUAUUUUGAAGAAUACUAAACCGGAUGUGGUUCUGUAUUUCGUCACUGUCUUGCUUCUGUUGAUUUUGGUUGCUAGGUAACAAACAGCUGUGAUCAGCUGUCACUGUUUUCUCCUCAAUAAAAACUGA